AUGUACCAGAAUGACCACAACAGAAAUAAACAAUUAGUACUUAUUUUAGGAGUUUACGACCCGUUCACUGGAAAGAACUUGAACUAUGAUGACAUAUUGACAAUUCCCAUCAUCGAAAAUCAAACAAAAGAAGAACAUCUGCUGCCAGCUUUGGAUGAGUGCUUAAAAGCAAAUCAACGUGCUUGUGCCGUUCUCGUACGAAACCACGGUCUAUUCGUUUGGGGAACAACAUGGGAGAAAGCCAAGAUUAUGGCGGAAUGCAUCGACUACCUCCUAGAUUUGGCCAUUGAUAUGAUUCGAUAUGGAAUUCCGCUCGUUAAGGAUUCUGUUAUGGAAGGAUCAGCCCAUCCUGAUGAGGAGUAUCGGCAUAUAUUUUAUCAGUAG